AUGUCGGGGGACCGAAGAAAGAACACGGCCAGUGGCAAAGACAUAGCCCCGUUGCUACAGGCAGCUUUUGGUAUUGAGGGACCCAAAGCAGGGGAGUUCCCCAGCACAGGGCUUCAGUUUUUGGAAGUCCAUGAGUUUCUCAUCAAGGAACUUUUGCUGGCCACACCGAGAGUCACUGCUGGAUUGGUUCAGGAAGGUUGCAAUGCAUGCUUUCAAGGCCUGGAUCAAGCAGUGGCCGUCUCGUUCAGUCAAGUGGUGGCAAGUGCUUGCAAGUUGGUGUGGGACAAAAAGGGCCAGGUACUGAGUGGUAAGAAGCUCAAGCCGGAUGCUUUGAGAAGGUUGGUCAUGGUGCUGGCCGGGCCCAGGAGGUCUCUUGAGCAAGGGACGUUUUUGAAGAAGCAAAAGGAGAGUGCCUCAGGCUCUGGCUCCCGCCUGUCCACUGGAUCAACAGCCAGCUCCUCUGGAGGUGCUUGUCUUGAGAGCGAGCUCGGUGCCUUGGCAGCCUCCUAUGGCUUGCCAGCAGUGCCGGCCAAGGCAAAUGCUCUUGUCCCGCCAGUUGGUGUUUCAGAUGACGAAUCGCCAAAUGCACCAGCUGCAAUGGAGAUUUCCUCCUCGGAGGAGGUGCCCAGCAGCAGUGCCAAGAGCAAGGCGAAAGCUUCUGCCCCUCAGCCUCGAAAGCUUUCAGGCAAGCCGAGCCUCGGGGCCUACGAUGCGAACAGGGCUUGCAUGGUGAGGACCGAAAAAGGUAGGCUCUACGAAGCCGACAUGACAGAAGGCACCGACGGUUUCAUGUAUGCAGCUUAUGGGACGAACAAGCCCGAGAAGACAGAAGUGCCUAUUCUCCUCUGGAAGAAAUCCAUGGAGGGGAAACUUAAGAGGCAGGGUGAACCUGUCCUGAGGAAGCCCGCUGCAGCUAAGAAGGCUGCCAGCAAGGAGGAGGACGAGGACAACCAUCGUGACGAUGCAGAUGAGCAGCAGCAAGCGGAAGCACAUCCAGGGGGUGAGCUCGUGCAACAGGAUCGCGAGCAGCAGGUGCCGGAGCAGGAGGUGCCGGAGCCGGAGCAAGGGUCGGGCAAAGUGCAUCGCUAUGCUGCCAUGUACUACAAGGCUCCGAAGAACGAGAUUGCCAUCUGCAAGUAUUGGCGAGGCCGGAAGGACAUCCUGAGACGACAGCUGUGUGUGGCCAAGUCAUCUUUCGACAAAGACACGAGCUACAAGAAGGCUGAGCCGAUUUGCAAGCAGCUGAUGGAGCAGAAGCUGUUGGAGGCAGACUGCAAGGCUGCUCUUCAGAAAGCUUUGUCUGCAGGAUGA